UCUGCUGACGCCUCCUUUCGGCCCAGGUGCUUGGGGUGAGGUGCCAAAGGUUCUCUAUAAAGAGCUGGAUCUCCUGGACACAACCACUUGCCCUUUGGCUGCCAAACUGCCUGAGUGUGCCAGACUCAGCGACCACCAUGGUGAGGCUUGUGCUGCCCAACCCUGGCCUAGAGGACCGGAUUCCAUCUCUGGAUGAAUUAGAGGUCAUCGAAAAGGAAGAGGCCAGCACCAGGCCCAAGUGGGACAACAAGGCCCAGUACAUGCUCACCUGUGUGGGCUUUUGUGUGGGGCUGGGCAACGUGUGGCGCUUCCCCUACCUGUGCCAGAGCCAUGGAGGAGGGGCCUUCAUGAUCCCAUUCCUCAUCCUUCUGGUGCUGGAGGGCAUUCCCUUGCUGCACCUGGAGUUUGCCAUCGGACAGAGGCUACGCAAGGGCAGCGUGGGCGUGUGGAGCUCCAUCCACCCUGCUCUGAAGGGUGUAGGCAUUGCCUCCAUGUUCGUGUCCUUCAUGGUGGGCCUGUACUACAACACCAUCAUCGCCUGGGUCAUGUGGUAUUUCUUCAACUCCUUUCAGGAACCUCUGCCAUGGAGUGAAUGUCCACUCAACCAGAAUCAGACAGGCUACGUGGAAGAGUGUGCCAAGAGCUCUUCGGUGGACUACUUCUGGUACCGAGAGACUCUCAACAUCUCCACUUCCAUCAGUGACUCGGGCUCCAUCCAGUGGUGGAUCCUGCUCUGCCUGACAUGUGCCUGGAGUGUGCUGUAUGUGUGUACUAUCCGUGGCAUCGAGACCACUGGAAAGGCUGUGUACAUCACUUCCACCCUGCCCUAUGUUGUACUGACCAUCUUUCUCAUCCGUGGCUUGACUCUGAAGGGUGCCACCAACGGCAUUGUCUUCCUUUUCACACCCAAUAUCACGGAGCUGAGCAACCCCAACACGUGGCUGGAUGCAGGUGCUCAGGUCUUCUACUCCUUCUCACUGGCUUUCGGGGGCCUCAUCUCCUUCUCCAGCUACAACUCUGUGCACAAUAACUGUGAGAUGGAUUCUGUGAUCGUGUCCGUCAUCAAUGGCUUCACAUCUGUGUAUGCAGCCACUGUGGUCUACUCCAUCAUUGGCUUCCGAGCCACUGAGCGCUUUGAUGACUGUGUCAACACGAACAUCUUGACCCUCAUCAAUGGGUUCGACCUCCCCGAGGGCAAUGUGACUUCAGAGAACUUUGAGGCCUAUCAACACUGGUGCAAUGCCACUAAUCCCGAGGCCUACGCCCAACUAAAGUUUCAGACCUGUGACAUUAACACCUUCCUUUCUGAGGGUGUGGAGGGCACAGGCCUGGCCUUCAUUGUCUUCACUGAAGCCAUCACGAAGAUGCCGGUGUCCCCACUGUGGUCGGUGCUCUUCUUUAUCAUGCUCUUCUGCCUGGGCCUCUCCUCCAUGUUUGGGAACAUGGAGGGUGUGGUCGUACCCCUUCAGGACCUCAAUAUUACCCCUAAGAAGUGGCCCAAAGAACUGAUGACAGGCCUCAUCUGCUUGGGGACAUAUCUCAUCGCCUUCAUUUUCACACUGAAUUCGGGCCAGUACUGGCUCUCCCUCCUGGACAGCUAUGCUGGCUCCAUCCCUCUGCUAAUCAUCGCCUUUUGUGAGAUGUUUGCCGUCGUCUACGUGUAUGGAGUUGACAGGUUCAACAAGGACAUCGAGUUCAUGAUUGGCCAUAAGCCCAACAUCUUCUGGCAAGUCACGUGGAGAGUGGUCAGUCCACUGAUCAUGCUGGUCAUCUUCCUCUUCUUUUUUGUGAUUGAGGUCAACAAAAGGCUCAUGUAUAGCAUCUGGGACCCUGACUAUGAGGAGUUCCCGAAAUCUCAGAAGGUUCCAUACCCCAACUGGGUGUAUGCGGUCGUGGUUGUUGUGGCUGGAGUACCCUGCCUCACCAUCCCCUGCUUUGCCAUCUAUAAGCUCAUCAGAAACUAUUGCCAGAAGUCUGGUGACCACCAUGGACUGGUCAAUGCGCUGUCCACAGCCUCUGUGAAUGGGGACCUUAAGAACUGAAUGGGCUUAGUCUGUAUUAGGCAGAAGAUGGCAUGUGGAGGAAGCAAGAUGCAGGACCCAUGGGGGGAAGUAGACUGUAAUAUGUGUGAAUGUAUGAGUACAUAUACAUGUAUUCAUGUCACAUAGAUAUGUACACAAGUGUUACACAAACAUGUGGGACACAUAGAUAUGUUUAUGUGUAUAUACCAGUUUUACACAUGUGUAUAUAUAGAUCAUAUGUACCACAUGUAUACAUAAGUGUAUAUGUGUGUGAGUUUAUGUACACAUGAUGUGUCUAUGUUUGUGUACAUAGUGUGAGGAGGGCAUAUUUAUGCACAUAUGUAUGUAUGCACACAUGUGUUAUCUAGAUGUAUACAUAUGCUCACAUGUUUACACAUACUAUGCAUACAUGUGUAUACAUAUAUUCACAAAUGGAAUCUAUUGAUAUGUGUAUAUGGAAUCUAUGAUAUGUAUGAACAUGCACUCAUAAACAUAUAUGUAUGUCUGUAUGUAUGUGUGUAUCUUCACAAGUGAAUUUGUGUUGUAUGUGUAUGUGCAUGCGUAUGUUCAUUUAUGUUUGUUCAUUGCAAAUAGGUAUGUGCACAUGCCUAUGCUAUCUUUGUAUACAUGGCACACAUGUAAAAAUAUUUUUGCAUGCUCUUGAUGGAAGUGCCUCCCACUCUGGCCUGGUUGUCUUCUGCUUGCUCUCACUAGAGGGCAUGGAUUACAGUCUGGGGACAGACAUAGCUCAGGACCUACUUUGCACUGCAAAAUCCUGGCAGAGAGCCAAAAGUGAAUAUAUGGAGGGCCCAUUCUGGUCUCCUUCCCUCUGAGUGGGAGGUAGGAGUUGAGGAUGUGCUGCUGGCCUGCCUGGCUCCUGGGAAUGCUAUCACUACCCACUCCCAGGCAGCCCUCUGCCCCUUGCUGUGAGGGCUGGACCGAGGCUCUUCUGCUCUUUAAGGAGAAGCCCAGGAAGCUGGUGGACUGGCAAGGCUGGGAAGACUUGUCUCCGUCAGACCUGAUACACCCUCCCUUCCUGCAUGCCUACUUAAUCAUUGGUCGCCGAGCAGCCUGCCGAGCAGCCAAGCUGACCUUCCCUUCACUUCUGAAUCAGGGGCCGCUCUGUGCACUUCUGAAGAGGGCACGAGCCUGUAAAUCUUUAGCCAAAUGUUGGAAAAGGAGGGUUACAGGGUAACUCAGCUGUGGCCACUGCUGUUGAGAACACUCCAAGAGAAAUGGGCACCCCAGUGAAUGAAGCCUAGAAGUCUUCAGUCCUGUGGCAGCCAGUGAAGCCAGGGAGGGCUAUGUCUGCCCCUCCCCACAACAGGCUGGGUUCUCCUGGGUUCAUAGCUACCCUCAGCCACAGGUCCUGGGAACUUGGGGUAUUUGUUGCAAGCUACUGCCCUCCUAUUUCCAUGGGAAAGCCCAAAUUUAAGUUGGAUUGGACUUUCUGAGAAUCCUCACCAAAAAGGGUAAGAAACUGUGGUGGGCUCUGAUGUCAUUCAUGUUCUUCCUACUUGGUGACAGCAGCCACAUUUCAUCCACCACAAGCUGCAGCUCCUAUUACUGAAUCAUGGAGUCCUCUUACACUUCUAUACACCCUGACCCCCUGAGUACUAUCACCUUAAGAACCAUACAGAGGCACAAGAUGGGGGUUGGCCCUUGGGGAAUAUGAAGAAUCUCACACUAGUUUCAGUUGGGUCCCACCUCUGGGCCUCUGAAACCUCAGCUGGAAAAAUGCUGCUGGUAUUUAUAGUCAUCAAUAUAUAACCUGUUUGCACAAUAGAGAUUCCUUUCUGGUCCUGUGUGGUCUGACUGAAAGCCAACCAAAUUCUCUGCUAUCUCUGGUCCAUACCUUAUGUUUAGCCCUUAUGUCUCUGUGGGACAGAAAUCCAGGUUGGUUGUUGGGUCUAAAAUACAUCUUUCUCAAUAAAGCACUCUUAUUUAA